GUGGGGUGAUCACGGAAUUGAAUGCUGUUUGUGCGCAGAGUGUAGGUGACGUUUUCCGUUUUGAAAGCGCCGCGCUCUGUUUUGAAUUCAGAAAAGCAAUGGCGGGGAGAGGAAAAAUGGGUUUGAGAAAUAUCACGUUUAUCACAGAAACUGUAACCGAUGAAGAGUCGUCCCUAGGACAAAACGGAUUCAGUUACAAACAGGUCGAAGAGGAAGAUACCGAUGCGCCCGUAGUGUUUCAGUGCGGUCGUUGCAAACUCCCUGUAGGGGACUCGCUGUCGUGGGUCGGAAGUGAAGACGACCAAAACCAAAUAUUGCUGAAACGUGUCACUGAAAACGUCGUUGUUGGCAGCGAACCCUUUGUCUCGCGGACUCAGACGGAAUUGGGCUGCCUCAUUGUCAACCUUUCCUGCCUCGGCUGUUCCUCGCCUCUGGGUAGAGUUUACACGUCAACGCCGAGGAACUUGGAUUACAAGAGGUCCCUGUUCUGCCUCAGCGUUGAAAACGUGGACUGCUUCGUGCUUGGUUCCUCAACACAGAAAUAUCUAGAGGACGCGCAGGACGAGCCCGUUACAUUAGAAUACCGAGCGAAUGUCGACAUGGAGAUCGGAAAGAUCAAAGCUCUCGCCGUGUCUAUGGCCCAGAGGCUCCUUGAAAUAGAAGCAAAACUCCAGAACAGUGAGAAAAAGUAAAAAUUCUCCGACUCUAGAACUCAUGGGUCACCACGGAGAUGUAAGUGGGCAAUCUUGACAGGUGUCAAGACCUUGUAAUUGUCACCUUGCUCAUGAGAAGAUAUGGGUUUGGUUGGGGGUUGGGGGGAG